AAAUCAUUAUUCAUCUCUAAGCGACAAGAGAGGAAGAGAAAGACUGAAGUGGAAAGAACCAGCCUGCCGUGACGUAAAAGCCGGACCUGGCAGACUGCAAAGCUCGGACUGGGCAGACCCGUCCGUCUCGCUCGUUAAGGAGUUUAUUCAUCAGCAUUUCGGCUCGAGUGAAUAAAGUCCUGAAAUUGGUUACACGCGCCAACGUGUAAGCAUCGAGUAACGAGCUCCGCCACACGAGCGACCGGUUGGUAGUGGCGUUCGGCUAUCGUCACCCGUGUGAUCCCUGCUGCGUCGUCGAACGUCCGCUAUCCAUCCUUCGGCUACGUCCGGUACGCCGCCUAAUCGGAGCGCAGUGCAGCGCAGCGCAGGUGCAGCGAGGAGAGGGUGCGUCGAGUUCGAGAACCAGUCAGUCAGUCAGUCAGUCAGCUAGCCAGCCAGCCAGCCAGCAAGCCAGCCAGCCGGUGGUCCAACCAACGAUGGUCGUGAAAAUCUACAUAUCGGGUAUCAGCGGCAACAAGGAAGUGAAGAAAAGGCAACAGCGCGUGCUGAUGAUUCUAGAUAGUAAAAAUGUGGAAUAUGAGAUCAUCGAUAUAACGGAACCAGGCAAGGAAUUGGAGAAAGAGUUUAUGCAAACCAAUAGCAACGCGAGAACCAACAAGUAUCCAUUACCACCACAAAUAUUCAACGAGGAUAAUUAUUGUGGAGAUUACGAGGACUUUGAUUUAGCGAACGAAAUAGACGAGUUGGAAAAGUUUCUAAAAGUGACAACGGCAGUCAGCACCGCGGAGAUCACUCUCGACUCCAAAUCUCAGAGUGAUGGAAUCCAAGAGAACGGAAAUACUUCCAGUCGGGAGCCUUCCACGGACAAAGAAGCAACUGUUGUACCCUCCGACAGUUUACCAGAAAGGACAACCCUAGAAAGCGAGAAUAAAGCAUUAGACGAGUCUAAGCCAACUGAAGUAGAUAGCGCCGCAAAAACUAUCACUAGCGAAGAAGCUGAACACGCUGAGGAUAGUGGCGAUAAAAAUGAAGAGAAAUCCGACGACCAAGAGAAAGAGGAAUAGACACAAGAGAUACACCCAUGCGAAACUGGGGAUAUUCCACACAAUGACAUCCUUCCUUUUCCACCCACAAGCGUAUUUUGCAAAGCUACGUUUAUUACAUUACUAAGGCUGAGUGAAGGUACUGCCAAGAUAAUAUUCUGUAUUGCGGAAAGUCUAUUGAGUGAACAGUUUAAGGUGACGCAUAGAACAUACUUUUAUAGAAUAUACUUUGUAUUUUAGAUGAAACGCGUCUUCACCAAUGUUUCUCGACAGGUCUGAUUAGAUGAUACGAGCGAUAAUCCCUUUGUAUCGCUAUCUUCACAUGUGUCCUCCACGUUUGUUUAUUAUUUUACAUUGUUUUGCACCGCACGAUAUCCCAUACAUUACUGCACUCCCGCGAUGACAAGAUUCAAGUAUAUAUACAUAUUUUUCUUUUAUAACGCAAUUUUUUGGUUAUUGUUGCCGCGUGCAAAGCGUACAAGUAAAAAAAAAAUAUAUAUAUAUAUAUAUAUACAGAAUAUAAC